AUAAAAAGAGUUAUAAAACUAAUCCAAAUAAUAAAAAGACGGAACCGGUGUCGCGGCCGACCUUAAUUCGAAGAGCCACCUUAAUUCAAAUCACACCACCUUGAGUUAUGUAGUGUUGAACAGAAAACACAUUUCGGAGAGGUAAUACUGAGAGUCUUUGUAAAUUAUCCUGUGAUACGAAAUGGGAAAAGCAAAAAAAUUAACAACUCCAGGGAGUACGAAAACUAUAAAGAAAGCAUAUUUAACUCAGCCACGUGGUUGCUGCGUUUCUUGGCCAAGCAUCGACAAGCAAACAGAAAAGCAAGUUAUUGAAGAGCUUAAAAGUGAAUUACAGAACUGUGUCUGUCCACGCAAAGCAGCUAAAAAAGACGACAAGAAAUCUACUAAGAUCACUAGUCUAACAAGAUCAAAACAGAAAGUUCCUGCAAGUUCCCUUGUUCUCCUUGGAAUAAAUGCUGUUACAAGAGCCCUUGAGAAGGGACCAUUGCUUCUUGUUCUGGCUUGCAGAUCUGCAAAUCCAUCGCGCAUGACCCACCAUUUGAUACCCUUGUGUGCUUUAAGAGACACCCCUGCAUGCUGUGUAACUGGCCUUAAUGAUGCACUUGCACCAAUUUUUGGUAUCCAGUCUGUUUUGGCAGUUGGCUUCAAGGUUGUUGGGCAAAACCCAUUAGCUGAUUUGGUCGAAUUUAUCUGUGAUAAAGCACCGCCACUUAUUGUACCUUGGGUGGCAAUUUGGAAAGGUAGUGGUAAGCAAGAAGUGGCACUGUCAGUAACAGAUAAUGUUUCCCAGAAUGAAGAUAGUUUUGUCAAGGAUCAAGUCAGUGUUGCUGAUAUUAAAAGAAAAGAAGCAAUUCAUAAAUCUUCAAAGAAAAAUGAAAGGAAACCUGAAAUCGAUAUUUUAAAGGAUAGUAAGGACAUUUCCUUUGAAGAUAAUCUGGAUGAUGACAAAAAUAUAGAUGAUGAAAAUAAAUCGGCUGUUAGUUUGCCUGAAAAUAGUGAAGAAGGGAGAGCCAUGGAGGUUGAUGUAGUUGCAAUGUCAACAGGAGACCAAAAAACAUGUGCUUUUGAGCAAGAGUAUGAUGAAAAAAAUGAACAAUCAAAAUCUUACUCCAAUAAAAUCAAAAGAAAAUUGUAUGGUAAAUCAGACAACCCUCAAACUGAUAAGACUCCUGAGACAGAAGCAAAGAAAAGGAAAAUUGAAGAUGUUGCUUUUGAUUUAAGUGAGACGCAAUUUAACAUGCAUAGAGCAGUUGUUAGAGAAAAGAAACAAAUAAAGAAAUAAG